AUGAUCAAGACCACGACCAUGACCACGAACAAGACCAAGACCAUGACCAAAAAAGACCAAGACCAUGACCAACAGCACAGACACAAACAUCAUGACAAGGACCACAAUCAAGACAGCGACCAUGACCAUGAUAAAGACCAAGACCAUGACCACCAGCACAGACACAAACAUCAUGACAAGGACCAUAAUCAAGAUCACGACCAUGACCAACAGCAGAGCCACAAACAUCGUGUGACCAUGAUCGUGAUCAAGGACCAUGAUCAAGAUCACAACCAUGACCACGAACAUGACCAUGACCAAGACAUAGACCAACAGCACAGACACAAGCAGCACAGACACAAACAGCACAGACACAAACAUCAUGACAAGAAACAUGAUCAAGACCAAGACCAUGACAAAGACCAAGACCAUGACGAACAGCACAGACGCAAACAACGUGACAAGGACCAUGAUCAAGAUCAUGACCAUGAUAACGAACAUGACCAUGACCAUGACCAAGACCAUGACCAACAGCACAGACAAAAGCAGCACAGACACAAACAGCACAGACACAAACAUCAUGACAAGGACCACGAUCAAGACCAUGACCAUGACCAUGAUAAAGACCAAGACCAUGACCAACAGCACAGACACAAACAUCAUGACAAGGACAAUGAUCAAGAUCACGGCCAUGAUCAACAGCAGAGCCACGAACAUCGAGUGACCAUGAUCGUGAUCAAGGACCAUGAUCAAGAUCACCACCAUGACCACGAACAUGACCAUGACCAAGACCAUGACCAACAGCACAGAGACAAGCAGCACAGACACAAACAGCACAGACACAAACAUCAUGACGAGGAACAUGAUCAAGACCACGACCAUGACAAAGACCAAGACCAUGAAGAACAGCACAUACGCAAACAACGUGACAAGGACCAUGAUCAAGAUCAUGACCAUGAUAAUGAACAUGACCAUGACCAUGACCAAGACCAUGACCAACAGCACAGACAAAAGCAGCACAGACACAAACAGCACAGACACAAACAUCAUGACAAGGACCACGAUCAAGACCAUGACCAUGACCAUGAUAAAGACAUAGACCAUGACCAACAGCACAGACACAAACAUCAUGACAAGGACAAUGAUCAAGAUCACGGCCAUGAUCAACAGCAGAGCCACGAACAUCAAGUGACCAUGAUCGUGAUCAAGGACCAUGAUCAAGAUCACCACCAUGACCACGAACAUGACCAUGACCAUGACCAUGACCAACAGCACAGACACAAACAUCAUGACAAGGGCCAUGAUCAAGACCACGACCAUGACCAAAAACAAGACCAAGACCAUGACCAACAGCACAGACACAAGCAGCACAGAAAAAAACAUCAUGACAAGGACCGUGAUCAAGAUCACGACCAUGAUCAAGAACAUGACCAUGACCAUGAACAAGACCAUGACCAACAGCACAGACACAAGCAGCACAGACACAAACAUCAUGACAAGGACCAUGAUCAAGAUCACAACCAUGAUCACGAACAUGACCAUGACCAAGACCACGACCACAAAGAAGACGAAGACCAUGACCAACAGCACAGACACAAACAUCAUGACAAGGACCACAAUCAAGACAGCGACCAUGACAAUGAUAAAGACAAAGACCAUGACCACCAGCACAGACACAAACAUCAUGACAAGGACCAUGAUCAAGAUCACGACCAUGAUCAACAGCAGAGCCACAAACAUCGUGUGACCAUGAUCGUGAUCAAGGACCAUGAUCAAGAUCACCACCAUGACCACGAACAUGACCAUGACCAUGACGAAGACCAUGACCAACGGUACAGACACAAGCAGCACAGACACAAACAGCACAGACACAAACAUCAUGACAAGGAACAUGAUCAAGACCACGACCAUGACCACGAACAAGACCAAGACCAUGACGAACAGCACAGACACAAACAACGUGACAAGGACCAUGAUCAAGAUCAUGACCAUGAUAACGAACAUGACCAUGACCAAGACCAUGACCAACAGCACAGACAAAAGCAGCACAGACACAAACAGCACAGACACAAACAUCAUGACAAGGACCAUGAUCAAGACCAUGACCAUGACCAUGAUAAAGACCAAGACCAUAACCAACAGCACAGACACAAACAUCAUGACAAGGACCAUGAUCAAUAUCACGGCCAUGAUCAACAGCAAAGCCACAAACAUCGAGUGACCAUGAUCGUGAUCAAGGACCAUGAUCAAGAUAACCACCAUGACCAAGAACAUGACCAUGACCAUGACCAAGACCAUGCCCAACAGCACAGACACAAGCAGCACAGACACAAACAGCACAGACACAAACAUCAUGACAGGGAACAUGAUCAAGGCCAUGACCGUGAACAAGACCAACACCAUGACGAACAGCACAGACACAAACAACGUGACAAGGACCAUGAUCAAGAUCAUGAACAUGAUAACGAACAUGACCAUGACCAUGACCAACAGCACAGACAAAACCAGCACAGACACAAACAUCAUGAACAGGACCACGAUCAAGACCAUGACCAUGAUAAAGACCAUGACCAACAGCACAGACACAAACAUCAUGACAAGGACCACGAUCAAGACCAUGACCAUGACCAUGAUAAAGACCAAGACCAUGACCAACAGCACAGACACAAACAUCAUAACAAGGACAAUGGUCAAGAUAACGGCCAUGAUCAACAGCAGAGCCACGAACAUGAAGAGACCAUGAUCGUGAUCAAGGACCAUGAUCAAGAUCACCACCAUGACCACGAACAUGACCAUGACCAUGACCAGCAGCACAGACACAAACAGCACAGACACAAACAUCAUGACAAGGACCAUGAUCAAGACCAAGACCAUGACCACAAACAAGACCAAGACCAUGACCAACAGCACAGGCACAAGCAGCAGAGAAAAAAACAUCGUGACAAGGACCAUGAUCAAGAUCACGACCAUGAUCACGAACAUGACCAUGACCAUGACCAAGACCAUGACCAACAGCACAGACAAAAGCAGCACAGACACAAACAUCAUGACAAGGACCAUGAUCAAGACCAUGACCAUGAUAAAGACCAAGACCAUAACCAACAGCACAGACACAAACAUCAUGACAAGGACCAUGAUCAAGAUCACGGCCAUGAUCAACAGCAGAGCCACAAACAUCGAGUGACCAUGAUCGUGAUCAAGGACCAUGAUCAAGAUAACCACCAUGACCAAGAACAUGACCAUGACCAUGACCAAGACCAUGCCCAACAGCACAGACACAAGCAGCACAGACACAAACAGCACAGACACAAACAUCAUGACAAGGAACAUGAUCAAAGCCAUGACCGCGAACAAGACCAACACCAUGACGAACAGCACAGACACAAACAACGUGACAAGGACCAUGAUCAAGAUCAUGAACAUGAUCACGAACAUGACCAUGACCAUGACCAACAGCACAGACAAAACCAGCACAGACACAAACAUCAUGAACAGGACCACGAUCAAGACCAUGACCAUGAUAAAGACCAUGACCAACAGCACAGACACAAACAUCAUGACAAGGACCACGAUCAAGACCAUGACCAUGACCAUGAUAAAGACCAAGACCAUGACCAACAGCACAGACACAAACAUCAUAACAAGGACAAUGGUCAAGAUAACGGCCAUGAUCAACAGCAGAGCCACGAACAUGAAGAGACCAUGAUCGUGAUCAAGGACCAUGAUCAAGAUCACCACCAUGACCACGAACAUGACCAUGACCAUGACCAACAGCACAGACACAAACAUCAUGACAAGGACCAUGAUCAAGACAAAGACCAUGACCACAAACAAGACCAAGACCAUGACCAACAGCACAGGCACAAGCAGCAGAGAAAAAAACAUCGUGACAAGGACCAUGAUCAAGAUCACGACCAUGAUCACGAACAUGACCAUGACCAUGACCAAGACCAUGACCAACAGCACAGACACAAGCAGCACAGACACAAACAUCAUGACAAGGACCAUGAUCAAGACCAUGACCAUGACCAUGAUAAAGACCAAGACCAUAACCAACAGCACAGACACAAACAUCAUGACAAGGACCAUGAUCAAGAUCACGGCCAUGAUCAACAGCAGAGCCACAAACAUCGAGUGACCAUGAUCGUGAUCAAGGACCAUGAUCAAGAUAACCACCAUGACCAAGAACAUGACCAUGACCAUGACCAAGACCAUGCCCAACAGCACAGACACAAGCAGCACAGACACAAACAGCACAGACACAAACAUCAUGACAAGGAACAUGAUCAAGGCCAUGACCGCGAACAAGACCAACACCAUGACGAACAGCACAGACACAAACAACGUGACAAGGACCAUGAUCAAGAUCAUGAACAUGAUAACGAACAUGACCAUGACCAUGACCAACAGCACAGACAAAACCAGCACAGACACAAACAUCAUGACCAGGACCACGAUCAAGACCAUGACCAUGAUAAAGACCAUGACCAACAGCACAGACACAAACAUCAUGACAAGGACAAUGGUCAAGAUAACGGCCAUGAUCAACAGCAGAGCCACAAACAUGAAGAGACCAUGAUCGUGAUCAAGGACCAUGAUCAAGAUCACCACCAUGACCACGAACAUGACCAUGACCAUGACCAACAGCACAGACACAAACAGCACAGACACAAACAUCAUGACAAGGACCAUGAUCAAGACCACGACCAUGACCACAAACAAGACCAAGACCAUGACCAACAGCACAGGCACAAGCAGCAGAGAAAAAAACAUCGUGACAAGGACCAUGAUCAAGAUCACGACCAUGAUCACGAACAUGACCAUGACCAUGACCAAGACCAUGACCAACAGCACAGACACAAGCAGCACAGACACAAACAUCAUGACAAGGACCAUGAUCAAGAUCACGACCAUGAUCACGAAAAUCACCAUGACCAGGACCAAGACCAUGACCAACAGCACAGACACAAACAUCAUGACCAGGACAAUGAUCAAGAUCAUGACCAUGAUCAUGAACAUGACCAUGACCAAGACCAUGACCAACAGCACAGACACAAACAUCAUGACAAGGACCACAAUCAAGACAGCGACCAUGACCAUGAUAAAGACAAAGACCAUGACCACCAGCACAGACACAAUCAUCAUGACAAGGACCGUGAUCAAGAUCACGACCAUGAUCAACAGCAGAGCCACAAACAUCGUGUGACCAUGAUCGUGAUCAAGGACCAUGAUCAAGAUCACCACCAUGACCACGAACAUGACCAUGACCAUGACCAAGACCAUGACCAACAGCACAGACACAAGCAGCACAGACACAAACAGCACAGACACAAACAUCAUGACAAGGAACAUGAUCAAGACCACGACCAUGACCACGAACAAGACCAAGACCAUGACGAACAGCACAGACACAAACAACGUGGCAAGGACCAUGAUCAAGAUCAUGACCAUGAUAACGAACAUGACCAUGACCAAGACCAUGACCAACAGCACAGACAAAAGCAGCACAGACACAAACAGCACAGACACAAACAUCAUGACAAGGACCACGAUCAAGACCAUGACCAUGAUAAAGACCAUGGCCAUGACCAACAGCACAGACACAAACAUCAUGACAAGGACCAUGAUCAAGAUCACGGCCAUGAUCAACAGCAGAGCCACAAACAUCGAGUGACCAUGAUCGUGAUCAAGGACCAUGAUCAAGAUAACCACCAUGACCAAGAACAUGACCAUGACCAUGACCAAGACCAUGCCCAACAGCACAGACACAAGCAGAACAGACACAAACAGCACAGACACAAACAUCAUGACAAGGAACAUGAUCAAGGCCAUGACCACGAACAAGACCAAGACAAUGACGAACAGCACAGACACAAACAACGUGACAAGGACCAUGAUCAAGAUCAUGACCAUGAUAACGAGCAUGACCAUGACCAUGACCAACAGCACAGACACAAACAUCAUUACAAGGACCAUGAUCAAGAUCACGGCCAUGAUCACGAACAUGACCAUGACCAAGACCAUGACCAACAUCACAGACACAAGCAGCACAGACACAAACAGCACAGACACAAACAUCAUGACAAGGACCACGAUCAAGACCAUGACCAUGAUAAAGACCAAGACCAUGACGAACAGCACAGACACAAACAACGUGACAAGGACCAUGAUCAAGAUCAUGACCAUGAUAACGAACAUGACCAUGACCAAGACCAUGACCAACAGCACCGACAAAAGCAGCACAGACACAAACAGCACAGACACAAACAUCAUGACAAGGACCACGAUCAAGACCAUGACCAUGACCAUGAUAAAGACCAAAACAAUGACCAACAGCACAGACACAAACAUCAUGACAAGGACCAUGAUCAAGAUCACGGCCAUGAUCAACAGCAGAGCCACAAACAUCGAGUGACCAUGAUCGUGAUCAAGGACCAUGAUCAAGAUAACCACCAUGACCAAGAACAUGACCAUGACCAAGACCAUGACCAACAGCACAGACACAAGCAGCACAGACACAAACAUCAUGACAAGGAACAUGAUCAAGGCCACGACCAUGACCACGAACAAGACCAAGACCAUGACGAAGAGCACCGACACAAUCAACGUGACAAGGACCAUGAUCAAGAUCAAGACCAUGAUAACGAACAUGACCAUGACCAUGACCAACAACACAGACAAAAGCAGCACAGACACAAACAUCAUGAAAAGGACCACGAUCAAGACCAUGACCAUGAUAAAGACCAUGACCAACAGCACAGACACAAACAUCAUGACAAGGACCAUGAACAAGAUCACGUCCAUGAUCACGAACAUGACCAUGACCAAGACCAUGACCAACAGCUCAGACACAAGCAGCACGGACACAAAAAGCACAGACACAAACAUCAUGACAAGGACCACGAUCAAGAUCAUGACCAUGAUAAAGACCAAGACCAUGACCAACAGACCAUGAUCAAAAUAACCACCAUGACCAAGAACAUGACCACGACCAUGACGAAGACCAUGACCAACAGCACGGACACAGGCAGCACAGACACAAACAGCAAAGACACAAACAUCAUGACAAGGAAUAUGAUCAAGGCCACGACCAUGACGACGAACAAGACCAAGACCAUGACGAACAACAUCAUGACAAGGACCAUGAUCAAGACCACGACCAUCACCAUGAUAAAGACCAAGACCAUGACCAACAAGACAGACACAAAAAGCACAGACACAAACAUCAUGACAAGGACCAUGAUCAAGAUCACGGCCAUGAUCACGAAUAUGACCAUGACCAUGAACAAGACCAUGACCAACAGCACGGACACAGGCAGCACAGACGCAAACAUCAUGACAAGGACCAUGAUCAAGAUCACCACCAUGAUCACGAGACCACGACCAUGA